GGCUUGUUGCCAGGGACGGUGGGUGGGGCCCGUUCUUAGGGCGGAAGAAGGGGCUGUGGCUUUGGACAAGGGUCCUAUUGCAGACCCCCAGGAAUCGACCCAUCAGGACGCCAGAGCUGCCUCAGCGCCGAUCACCUUCCCCGCUCUACCCCUCAACACGUUCUUCCCUUCACAACCUACCUAUGGCAGACAAAGGCUCGGGGGGGAGUCGCCUGCCCCUGGCGCUGCCCCCAGCCUCCCAGGGUUGCUCCUCAGGGAGCAGCGGCAGCUCCUCGGCUGAGAACUCGGGCAACCCCCGGCUCCCCCGCAACCUGCAAGGCCUGCUGCAGAUGGCCAUCACGGCGGGCUCCGUGGAGCCAGACCCCCCUCCAGAGCCCAUGAGUGAGGAGAGGCGGCAGUGGCUGCAGGAGGCCAUGUCGGCUGCCUUCCGGGGCCAGCGGGAAGAGGUGGAGCAGAUGAAGAGCUGCCUCCGGGUGCUGUCCCAGCCCACACCUGCUGCGGCCGGGGAAGCCGAAGUGGCCGCUGACCAGCAGGAGCGUGAGGGGGCCCUGGAGCUGCUGGCCGACCUGUGUGAGAACAUGGACAAUGCUGCAGACUUCUGCCAGCUGUCGGGCAUGCACCUGCUGGUGGGGCGCUACCUGGAGGCGGGCGCCGCGGGGCUGCGGUGGCGCGCGGCACAGCUCAUCGGCACGUGCAGCCAGAACGUGGCAGCCAUCCAGGAGCAGGUGCUGGGCCUCGGCGCCCUGCGCAAGCUGCUGCGGCUCCUGGACCGCGACGCCUGCGACACCGUCCGCGUCAAGGCCCUCUUCGCCAUCUCCUGCCUCGUGCGGGAGCAGGAGGCGGGGCUGCUGCAGUUCCUCCGCCUGGACGGCUUCUCAGUGCUGAUGCGGGCCAUGCAGCAGCAGGUGCAGAAGCUCAAGGUGAAGUCGGCGUUCCUGCUGCAGAACCUGCUGGUGGGCCACCCCGAGCACAAAGGGACGCUGUGCUCCAUGGGGAUGGUCCAGCAGCUGGUGGCCCUGGUGCGGACUGAACACAGCCCCUUCCACGAGCACGUGCUUGGAGCCCUGUGCAGCCUGGUGACAGAUUUCCCUCAGGGUGUGCGUGAGUGCCGGGAGCCAGAGCUGGGCCUGGAGGAGCUGCUGCGCCAUCGCUGCCAGCUGCUGCAGCAGCACGAGGAGUACCAGGAGGAGCUGGAGUUCUGCGAGAAGCUGCUGCAGACCUGCUUCUCCAGCCCGACGGACGACAGCAUGGAUCGGUGAAAUCAGGCGGCCUCUUGCCCUCUCUGUGGAACCCCAGGCCUCCUGCCUCCCUCCCUGCCGAGACGCCCUCUGCGGUGGAUCACAGGGCCUGUCAGGGCCUGGGCCUGGGGUGUGCCACCUACUUCCGGGCAGCCCCCUGGAGGGGACCCUGAGGAUGGUGCUGGCUCCUGGGACCCCCUCCUGGCUCUCAUCCCCCAACCUGUGUCUGCACUGUUCUCCCAAUAAAGGUGUUUCUCUUGCUCCCCUCCACCGCCGCCUUUGUCACCUCCUCCAGAGGGUGCCUCGGAGCGGGCAGGUGAGGCCUAAACUUAGGGGUUUGGGGAGCCACUGUGGGGACAAUAAAGGUGUUCUCUUUAUCAUCCACAAA